AUGAAUAAAUUUUAUAUUCAAAUUGUUUUUUUUCUUUUAAGUGUCUCAGUGUAUCUGAAUAAUGAAACCCUCGCAGCUGAGGCUGCUCCAGGAAAAGAUAAAAAAUCCAAAUCAAAAGUUCGUUAUUCUACUCCAGAAGAAAUAUAUAAACAAAACAAGGGUCUAUUAUGUACCAAUUCCAACGAAAUAACAAAUGCAGUCAAACUUAUGAAUGAAGCUGCAAGACAAUUAGAACAUCAUGCUACAUGUAAAGAUGGUUAUCAACCGUGUAAAUGGGGUUCAAAUUUGAAUAAUUAUAAUGCAAUAACAAACAUAUUAUGGGAUCCUGCUCUUGCAAAUAAGUUCAAUAAUAGCUCUGUUAAAAGAAAAAUUGACCGUGUCUACAACCCAAAUUUAGUGAUAAUACAGCAACGUUACAAAAGUUGGUUUGGGGGCCCUGAGAAAUAUUUUUAUGCUUUAGCUGCAAAGUUUGAUAUAUCAGAAAAAAAAACUAUAAUUGUCAUGACCUCAGUAAAUAUAAAUGAUCACAACCCUUCCGAGGACGAGUAUCAAAACAAAAUAAUAGAAAAUGCAAAUUUAUUCAAAACUGACAUUGAUUCUGAAAAUGAUAUUAGAAAAGGAAAAUUGAAAAAAACAUUUGUUAACAUAGCUGGAUACCUCAUUGAAAAAAAAGGCCCUUAUGUUGAUGUCACCUAUAUCGAAUCUAUUGAUGGGCAUACUUCCAAUUAUGAAGAUUUAAUUAAUGAAAGGUAUUUAAAUAAAUUUUUUUCAUUAAAAUAA